UUCCUUACCAACCCUGCCUGCUUUUCUCUCCACAUUUCCUUCCGCGGUCCCCCCUCAUUUAGCAGGUCUGUGCACUGCCGCUUUACCACCAGCCGUCACCCGCUGCCUCCCCCCUCCUCUCCGGCACGCAGGCAGGGAGAAAGAUGGAGGGGAGGGGAUGAUGGGUGUGGGGAUGGGAGGGAUGAGCAAUAAAGCGCCUGCACAUUCAGAGAGGCAGCAGAGAGAAAAUAAAUGAGGGAGAAGCAGGAUCCUUCUGCAUUGUAUGGAUUGCUUAUUGGAACAAGGAGGGGCAUGUAGAGGGAGGGACAUCGGAGACCGGGGGAGAGAAACGCAGAGUGUGAGCUGUGCAUGUUUGCGGGUGUGUGUGUGAUUAGACUCGUUGAACCUGUGCGUCGGUGUCUCUAUCGGCUCCUCCGUGUUGUCAUGCUCCACGCCUGAUGCCGCGCGCAGGACGCAGGCUGCCCGGUACGCGCCCGGUGAUGGCCGGACGCGCCCUGACUCGGUCCUCCUGCUGCACAUAUCCUCCCGGGCUUCUGCUGGCUUCUCAUCCUGAUCCCCUUCAGCCCUCGUCAAUGUCCUUCCCUGCCGCUGAGUGGAUGCCGCUGUCAUCACACAUGUGUGGCUCGCAGUGAGAGCCCAUGAUCUGGACUGGAUUGCUCUGGGGUGCCAUGCUGCUUUAGGGUGACACUGAUUAAUUUUUAAAGACUUUACCUUUUUUACAGCUGCUGGUGAUCAUAUUUUUUGAUGGCGUAUGAUGCGGGAAGUUGUUAUUCUGAAUUGAAUCCAGAAGAGGAUUGCCUGAGCAACAUACAAUAUGGGGGGUUCUGCACAUGAAAAUAAGGUCAUGUAAAUAAUUAUAAUCUGGAAUGAGUCACCAUAACGAAGAUUCAUUUGCUUGAGUAGCUGCAUACAUAUGCAGUGGAUAGAUUUUAAUUGGUUGUUUUCAAGGAACAAUAGAGCAGCUUGACAGUGUGCUGAAGGUUGUCAGGAAUGGUGGAUUUUCCUGAAAUGAAAUUUACAGUCAGAGAAGAAAUCCGUGACUGAAAUUCCAAUCCGAAACAAAGAAUUUCGAGACUUGGGGGAUGGAUGAAACCAAAAGCCACUCUGCUGUCGUAUCUUCAAAGGAGAAACUUAAUCUGCCUCAAUGUACGUUUUUCGUUGUGCAGUCAGAUUCUCUCACGUCCCAACACGCUGGCAAACUGUCAGUCGUUGAUGUCGCUCUGUCUGGUUUCAUUCAUCUACUGUGUGUCCACUGAAGCCUGAACACAUGAGCGGAGGCGGCGCCCUGCAGCAACGCACCACCUACCUCAUCUCCCUCACCCUGGUCAAGGUAGAGGCUGUUGAGGAGAAUGGAGGGGAGGCCAACAACAGCAACCAGGGGAAGGAGGUGGUGGAGGCCGGGCCUGGAGGAAGGGAAGGAGAAGAGGCCGGGGCCGGAGUUGAGGCUAAAGGUGAAGCACGGGCUGAGAAUGGAGCUGGACAACCACCAAAAGCUGUAGAUGAUGUGAAAGAUGACAAGUUAUUGGAUGAACUUAAAGAUGGAGAUAGAAAGCCCCUCAGCCCCCUGAAGGAUAAACUUCCACCAUCUGUGGACGUCCCAAGCAAAGGGAGUGAAAAGCCCCCGUGCAACCUCUCCAUCCCCUUACCUCCGGAGAGGGCAACGCUUCAGAAGACAACGUCUGCCGAAACUGACCUAACAAGAGUCCAGAAGACACCUUCAACUCCUGAGGCGAAGCAAUGCAGGUCACCAUCACUGACCCCAACGCCUCCAACAGAGAUGGUGGAGCCGACUCGCACCCCGACCAGGACCAGCCUCCCCAUCCGCCCGAUGGGGCAGCGUCCUGUGAGUCUGCUGAAGUCUCAUAGCAACGUGGCCACCCGGGGUCGCGAGUCCAGGGACGGAAGAGAGCGAAGCCCUACCUCGGCGCAGAGCCUGGACAGAAAGGACUGCCGGAUGCCCACGCGGUCUCCGGGCCCCUGUAGGGCCUCGUGGGCCGAGGCCAGCAGGCCCGACGCAUGGAGGAUGGACGAAGCUCAAGCAGGAAUGCCUCUGGAGAUCGGAGGUAGCAUGGUUGCGGUGAUGAGAGACCAACCCAGAAAAGAUAGGCUAAAGACCGGGUCGGCGUCCCUACCUGGGCCUCCGAACCAGACCACCAAGCCGGGACGCAAAGGUAAAAGCCGCACGCUGGACAACAGCGACCUGAACAGCCUGUCUGAAGACCUGGGGUUAGCCAGGGAGAACCAGCAGGCCCAGCAGGGGCAGCGAGGCUCCGCUAAAGACAGGAAGAUGCUCAAGUUCAUCAGCGGGAUCUUCACAAAGAGCAGCUCGGGGGCGGCGGGGUCUUCCUCCACAGCGCCGCCGGUCUACAUACAGAGAGACUCCAGUGAGGAAGAAGUAAAUAUUGCCAACAGCCAGGAGUGGAGCCUGAGCAGAUCCAUCCCCGAGCUCAGACUGGGCAUUCUGGGAAGUCUAAAAAGCGGCAAGUCAGCGCUCGUGAACAAAUACAUCACAGGCAGUUAUGUUGCACUGGAGAAGACUGAGGGUGGCAGGUAUAAGAAGGAAGUACUGGUGGACGGACAGAGUCAUUUACUACUGAUCCGAGAAGAACCUGGACCUCCUGAUGCACAGUUCAGCAGCUGGGUGGACGCAGUGAUCCUGGUCUUCAGUCUGGAGAACGAGAGCAGCUUCCAGGAGCUCUACCAGCUCUACAGCCAGCUGAGCAAACACCGCAGCGACGUCCCCGUGAUAGUGGUCGGCACACAAGAUAAAAUCAGUAGCACGAACCCUCGUGUGAUUGAGAACCAGAGAGCCAGACAGCUGUGUAUCGAUGUGCGUCACUCGUUGUUUUACGAGACCUGCGCCACCUACGGGUUCAACGUGGAUCGAGUGUUUUCAGAGGCUGCACAGAAGAUAGUCGCUCAGAAGAAGCUGGCGGCGCUGCAAGCCUGCAAGUCUCUGCCCAACUCCCCCAGCCACUCAGGGGGCUCCACCCCGGGGUCCGCAUCCUUCCCCAGCCAGACCAGUAAUGGCUCGACUUGUGGCUACGCCCACUCCCUCCCCUCCACCCCCGUGAUCGCUCACAGAGAUCUGAGGGUGGCUCAGGGAGAGGGGGGGGGAGGAGGAAGUGUCAACUCACGCUCGCUGAAGAGCAUCCCCCGCCGGCCCUCCCUCUUCAAGAACCGGGACUCAGAUAAGAAGUCUGGUGAUGGUAAAGGAGAUCAGAGCAACACGAGAGGCGUCCCUAUCAAACAGAGCAUCCUGUGGAAGAGAAGCGGCAGCUCUCUGAAUAAGGAGUGGAAGAAGAAAUACGUCACGCUGUCCAACAACGGCCCGCUGUCCUACCACUCCAGCUCCAGUGACUACACGCAGAACACCCAUGGAAAGGAGAUCGACCUUCUGCGGGUGACGGUUAAAGUUCCCGGUAAACGACCCCCGAGAGCGGUGGCUCCUGCGGCCCCCCCCCCGCCCGGCGCUGGACCCGGGGUCAACGGGCUGAGCAAGGAGCCCACCACCGCCGAGACCACCAGUACAGUUCCUCAGUUGUGUCCGUCCACUCUGUCUGUGGUGGAGGAUCGCUCUGGGGGUCUGUCGUCUAAAAGUGGAGACCGAGGACUUCAGCGCUGCUCCUCCUCACUGUCCACCAAAGCACAGAGUGUUGACGCCAUUGAAGGAGCAGCCGGUCCAUUUGCUGGAAAAGACCCCGGACAGUCAUCGCCCAUGAGCGACAGGAAGAAGAACCGGAGGAAGAAGAGCAUGAAUCAGAAAGGAGACGCAGCCGUCGGGCAGGCGGAAGCCAAACGCAAAAUGUGGAAAUUAAAGAGCUUUGGUAGCUUGAGAAACAUUAAUAAGACAGAUGAAGAGAACGCAGACUUCAUCAUCGUGUCGUUCACGGGGCAGACGUGGCACUUCGAGGCUCAGAGUCUGGAGGACCGAGACUCGUGGGUGUCGGCCAUCGAGAGCCAGAUCCUGGCCAGCCUGCAGUCCUGUGAGAGCGGCAGAAACAAGGCUCGGAGGAGCAGCCAGAGUGAAGCUGUCGCGCUGCAGGCCAUCCGCAACGCCAAGGGCAACAGUCAGUGUGUCGACUGUGAGGCAGCCAACCCCACCUGGGCCAGUCUGAACCUCGGCGCUCUGAUCUGCAUCGAGUGCUCGGGGGUCCACCGUAACCUCGGCACUCAGCUGUCCCGCGUGCGCUCCCUGGACCUGGACGACUGGCCCGGCGAGCUCACGCAGGUCCUGGCCGCCAUCGGGAACCACAUGGCCAACAACAUCUGGGAGAGCUGCACCCAGGGCCGGGUCAAACCCACGCCCACUGCGACACGGGAGGAAAGAGAGUCGUGGAUUCGUGCAAAGUACGAGCAGCGGUUGUUUGUCCCUCCCCAGGGGCCCCAGCACCCUGACGGAGGCAUGCCGGCCUGGCUCCUCUCCGCGGUGACGGAGAGAGAUCUGCCCCGGCUGCUGAUCCUCCUCGCCCACAGCUCCAAGGAGCAGAUCAACGCUCAGCUGAGCGACGCAGCGCCUCACUCCGCGCUGCAUGCCGCCUGCCAGCUGGGAGACGUGGUCAUGACCCAGCUGCUCAUCUGGUACGGAAUCGAUGUCAAGGCGAAAGAUAACCACGGCCAGACGGCGAUGAAGCUGGCCACAAAGAACGGGAGCAAAGGAUGCAUCGAUAUCUUGCUCCAGCACGGCUGCCCCAGCGACACGUCGCCCUCCACUGCCACGCCCGUCCUCUCCCGCCGCUCCAGCACCGCCAGCCUGGGCCGCACCAGCUCCAGGAAACGGGUCUCGUAGCGCGGAGGAGGAGCUGGACACGACUGCAGGACGCUCAGUGUUUUAGAGAACCUUUCAAAAAAAAAAAACAUGGAUUCUUGACAGGACUUCACCGUAGUACUAAGCAUUCAAAAAGUAGUUUCUGAAGACUGAACAACAUAUCAAACAACUUUAAAAGCAAUAUUCAUUCGAUUUGUUGAUGACUUAUGUUGCUGAAAUACUGUGUUGUCGUUGACCUCAUUUCAAAAUGACUCGAGUAGAAACUUUGUAGCUGUAACUGUAGAGCAGGAGAACUGCUUCUUGUUUCACUUCCUCCAGGAGAAGUGCAAUAAUCCAACGAUGAAAAGCAACAAGUUUGAGAGGUGUCGGAUGACUGUCGAGGGUGCUGCUUUUAUUCCAUUGUGUUGUGACUGGACCAAAACAGCUCUUAUUUUCUUUGGCUUUACAAAUACAGUUAGUCAUGUUGUUAGAUAUGUGUGCCUGUUGCAGCAGUUUAAAGGCUGGUUUGGCCAAUAUAAACAGUUUUUCAGUGACGAAUCAGCUGAAAUACUUCUGCUUAGACUAGAAAAAUGAAUGGUUUGGAAUAAGAAAUAUGUCAGUGUUACUCUCACAGGUCAAAGAUAUGGCGUUUUAUUAUACUGUAAAUGUAUCUAUACUACAUACUUAAUGUUCUCUCUGUAACGAAGACACAACUGAAAAAUCAAAGACUCAAUUUUGUAAAUGAUUUCUACUGGUAGUUUUGAAAAUAUGUCAAGUUUGUUUUAUCAUUGUCUAUGUUAUGAUUUCUUACUAUCCAUGUCAUAAAAGCAUAAUCCAGUAAACAAAAUGCUUUUUCAUGAUGUGAACAUGUGGGUAUUUCAUUUGGGAGGGCCAGGCGGCAAAGAGACUUUGUUCACGUUACUGUUGUGUAGGUCGAUCCCAUGAGUUUACAGUGAAGUAUGAAGAGUUGCAGGUGUCAUCAGUUUCUGACACUGUGGGUGGUGUGAGUCUCAUGAGCUAAAGAAAUGGUUACUGGGAUAAAAUAAACUUUUUUUAAUUAGCAUUA